GAAACAUGGAACACCCACCAGAGUAGACAAGUAUGCGUUGGAAAGUUUGGAGUAAUAAACACAAUGACUGUCGUGACCGGAAGAAUCUGGUGUGGUUGUCGCAAUCUUGUGCUCAUCAUCAACCCGUUAUUCCUUAAACAAGAGCAUGUGUUCGCGGUCAACAGUGACAAGAACAGCUCGAUCAACUGCAUUGUCACAAGCGCCCUCUCGGUAUGGCUAGCCAUUGAACGUAGUGCCGUAGCGAAGCUCUAUCAUGCGCACAGUUUUGCAUGUUUGAUGGAAGUGAAUAUUUCUCCAACGGUAACCAAAGCCCUGGCCGGUUGCGAUGACAUUAUUCGACAACACAAACUAUCAUGCCUGCGAAUCACCGCUCUGCUGUGCUGUAAGGACUUACUGUGGGUCGGUACGUCAGCGGGAGUGCUGGUUUACAUCCCGAUUCCGCAUGUGAACCACUUCACGACGAAAGUGACCAGUGUCCGAAACAUUUCUCACGCCAUUGUUGGCCAUUCUGGACCAUGUCGUUUCCUGGUCAGCGUCGACCUGAACGAUUCUUCGCUGGACUCACAUAUCAAAAGUUUGGCUAACGCUUGCGCGUCGAAGGAAGGCAGGCGACGGAGAACAUCUCUGAACGUUGGCGUACUGCAGCAAAAAACGGUUUACGUAAUAUCAGGUGGUGAAGGAUGUGAGGAUCUUCAGGACACGACAAAUGACGAAAACGACGAUUCGUUUGGCAUAGACGACAGUACAAAUUUUCUUCUGAUGUGGAAAACAUAG